CAGGCGGACCCGGCACACGCUGGGGAGGGACCUGCAAGGGACAGGGCGUGUUUCACCGAGGAUCCAGUUGGGCUUCUUGCAACAUGUACACGUCCAGCGUCAUUUUUGCUUUGCUCUGCGUUUGCUGAAUUUCGUACCUUAGAUUUCUCCUUGGGAAAAUAGAGCUAAUUGCGCGAUAAAGUGAUGGUGCAGAGCAGUUAGUGUUCCUCAAACUUGACUAAUGUAUGGGCACCUUUUAAAGGGACACUUCUCGCAUUCUCAAGAAUAUGUUCCAGAACCUACUGGGGACCCAGUUGAAUGAACACUGGGACAGAACAUUUGUAGAGAAUGACAUUUAUCACUAAGAAGGAAAAGAAACGCUUUACAGUCCAGGAACUUCCAUGCUAGAAGGACGGCUCUAACUCUGCGAGGACUCCGUUGCUUCUGUAACUGUGUGCGAGAAGGACUGACUCCGAGAACACAGCCUGAUUCUGAUCUGUCAGUAUGGGGAGGUUCGGCAUCUCCUGCCUUUUACCUGCUUCCUGGCAUUUUAGUAUCUCUCCAAUGGGGUGUCUUCGAAUCCUGAAUACCAAUUUACGCCAGAUUAUUGUCAUCAGCAUCCUGGCUGCUACUGUUUCAGUUUUAUACUUUUCUGUUGUCAUAAUCCGAAAUAAGUAUGGGCGGCUAUCCAGAGACAAGAAGUUUCAAAGGUACUUGGCACGAGUUACUGACAUCGAAGCUACAGAUACCAAUAACCCCAACGUGAACUACGGUAUCGUGGUGGACUGCGGCAGCAGUGGGUCUCGAAUAUUUGUCUAUUGCUGGCCAAGGCAUAAUGGCAAUCCUCAUGAUCUGCUGGAUAUUAGACAAAUGAGGGAUAAAAGCCGAAAGCCAGUGGUUAUGAAAAUAAAACCUGGCAUUUCAGAAUUUGCUACCUUUCCAGAGAAAGUCAGCGAUUACAUUUCUCCACUCCUGAACUUUGCUGCAGAGCACGUGCCACGGGCAAAACACAAAGAGACCCCACUCUACAUUCUCUGCACGGCUGGGAUGAGAAUCCUUCCUGAGAGUCAACAGAAGGCCAUUCUGGAAGACCUUCUGACUGAUAUCCCUGUGCACUUUGACUUUCUGUUUUCUGACUCCCAUGCAGAAGUAAUUUCAGGGAAGCAAGAAGGUGUGUAUGCUUGGAUUGGCAUUAAUUUUGUCCUUGGACGAUUUGAGCAUAUUGAAGAUGAUGAUGAGGCAGUUGUGGAAGUUAACAUCCCUGGUAGUGAAAGCAGCGAAGCCAUUAUCCGCAAAAGAACUGCGGGCAUCCUCGACAUGGGAGGCGUGUCCACUCAGAUAGCGUACGAAGUCCCCAAAACUGUAAGCUUUGCCUCCUCACAGCAGGAGGAAAUAGCUAAAAACUUACUAGCUGAAUUUAACUUGGGUUGUGAUGUUCACCAAACUGAGCAUGUAUACAGGGUCUAUGUGGCCACAUUUCUUGGAUUUGGUGGCAAUGCUGCUCGACAGAGAUAUGAAGACAGAAUAUUUGCCAACACAGCUCAAAAGAAUAGGCUCCUGGGUAAACAGACUGGUCUGACUCCUGAUACCCCAUACCUGGAUCCCUGCUUACCCCUAGACAUUAAGGAUGAAAUCCAACAAAGCGGACAGACCAUGUACCUACGGGGAACAGGAGACUUCGACCUGUGUCGAGAGACUAUCCAGCCUUUCAUGAAUAAAACAAAUGAGACACAGACUUCCCUCAAUGGGAUCUACCAGCCCCCAAUUCACUUCCAGAACAGUGAAUUCUAUGGCUUUUCUGAAUUCUACUAUUGCACCGAGGAUGUGUUACGCAUGGGGGGAGACUACAGUGCUGCUAAAUUUACUAAAGCUGCCAAGGAUUAUUGCGCGACAAAGUGGUCCAUCUUGCGGGAACGCUUUGACCGGGGACUCUAUGCCUCUCAUGCUGACCUCCAUAGGCUAAAGUAUCAGUGCUUCAAAUCUGCCUGGAUGUUUGAGGUGUUUCAUAGGGGCUUUUCGUUUCCUGUCAAUUAUAAAAAUCUAAAGACCGCCUUGCAAGUUUAUGACAAGGAGGUUCAAUGGACCCUAGGAGCAAUCCUUUAUAGGACUCGCUUUUUACCCCUAAGAGAUAUCCAGCAGGAGAUUUUCCGGGCCAGUCACGCUCACUGGCGGGGCUUCUCCUUUGUCUACAAUCACUACCUGUUCUCUGGCUGCUUCUUGGUGGUCCUGCUGUCCAUCCUCCUGUACCUGCUGCGCCUUCGGCGCAUUCACCGGUGGACACUGCGGAAUGGUUCGGCUGCCACCCUCUGGAUGGAGGAAGGCCUUCCUUCUCAGAAGAUUGCUGGGACCCUAUGAGCCUGGGAGUUAGAGAGCUCCAGGAAGACUCUAAAGGAAAAGCCAUUUUUGCCUCAGGGUUUCUCCUCUUUAUUCUCAUUCAGUUUUGUUUUUCCUUUCCCUUUUGGUUCCUUAAAACAAAAUCCAUUGUUUUCAAGCCCUGCUUCCUAGAAAUACUGCAUUUAGCCAUUUUGGAUACAGCUUUAAGUUAAGUAGGGAAAAGGGAAUUCACUUGAUUUUUGCUACAGAGGACAUCUGCCAAUAUUUACCAAGAUUUUUGGUUUUUCUCUAAGGUAUGUUAACUUUUAAUCAAAUGCACUUUUAUGUUGCGAGAGAAAUGGAAAAGACAGCAUCUGUCAGUGAAGAUAGAACUGAAUAGUGAUAUUUUCACAGAACCAAAAACAUAAGGACUGCGAUUAUAAUCCUUUUUUUCUUCUCUCUCUAUUUUGAAAGCUCUGACCUAAAGAGGGUAAUAUUUAAUUUUGUUUGUUGUUCACGUCUGUUGCUGUAUGUCGUCCUUGCAGUUGUAAAAAUACAAAACCUUUUAUAGUAAAAAUAGAGAAAUCCAGGUACCAGGAGAGAACCAUUUUUAAAAUGAGUAAUGAAGAGGUCUGUCCAUUGUGAAAUACUUACGAGAGCUUUGUGUGUGCACGUGAAAAAUUGAGGUCAGGCAGCACUCUUUCUUUUGAAAACAGGCCCUUCUCAAUUGACUGUUUUCAUUUUAUUUAGAAGAAUCACCAUUACCGUUAUGUUUUUGUGACCACAGGUAAUUCCUUUCUGUAUCCCGUCUUUUAGUGGCAUUAAAACCAAACCAAACCAAACCAAACCCACUGCCGUUGAGUCGACUCCGACUCAUAGCGACCCUAGUGGCAUGAGAACUCUUUAUUUUUGAAAGACUCGGAAAAUUCAUAAAGUUUCACUGGUUUCGAUGUUCCUAAACCUAGAUCUUGGGCCCACUUAGAGGUACUCCAGUAUUUCUUAGUGGUACAUAGUUCCUUGUUUAAUUGUGCUCAGUUUCUUCCAACUUCAAGUUGAUAUUUUCUCCCUUAAUUAAAAGUAGUCCCAGCUGAUUUACUUCGUAGAUCCCCUAAAACUCUGUUACUGCUGUGGCUGAGGUGUUGGCAGUGCCACUGUAAAUCCAAACUAAGGGUCUGAGUUUAAUAUGAAAUAAACUCUUGUUUUGAAGAAAACAAAUAUGGCAUUUUAAACAAAAACCUAAGGACAACUGGAUCGGCGUCUGUGGUAACGGUUGUUUUCUGCCUGUUUGUUUAGUUUAGAAGCUUUGGGAAUUCUCAUACAUAGUUUUUAGGUUUUCUUUUUGUACAUCGGAAACCCUGGUGGCAUAGUGGUUAAGUGCUAUGGCUGCUAAAUGUAAGGUCGGCAGUUCGAAUCCACUGGGCGCUCCUUGGAAACUGUAUGGAGUAGUUCUGCUCUGUCACUGUGAGUUGAAAUUGAAUUGAUGGCAACGGGUUUGGUUCUUUUUGUGUGUGUGUGUGUACAUAUGUGUGUGUGUGUGUAUGCGCACCAUGUUUUAAUUCCAGAAUAGUUAAAUUCGUAUAGUUGUUAGUAUAUGUGUAUGUUGAGAACCAUCAGCUGCUUCUUAAAAAAUCGCUGAUUAAAGAAUUCAAAUCCUGAAACCCUUAUUUAACUCAGAAAAAAAAAAAAGUUGGAGUUUAUCUUAAUGUAAAAGAGUGCAAAUUUAUGAAAGAAAUGCAAAUUCUCUUACUCUGUUCUUCAAAAUGAAUAUUGUAGCAGUGAAAAAAACAUUUGUAGAAUGUUUGCAUCUCAGAUGUCUAGAAGGUUGGAGGAGCUGUACGGUGUUACAGCACUUAAUGUAUAGAGUGUCUUGUUCCAGAGACAUGGGGGGGAUACAUGUCUCCGUGAAUUUAGAGAGCAGCCUCUGAAAUGCUGGUCUCCAGCUGUUGAAAUCCUUGGUCCUUAGUAAACACUCCCCCUUAUCAAGAUCCAGUUAACAAAUAAGCUGUGCCAUAGAUACCUCAGAAAUGGAGUGAACUGGCGUGCUUCUCCUGGAAUUCUUAGAUAGGGUUUGUCCCCGUAGGCUGGGAGGCAUUAGUGAUGAAGAGGAAGUAUGUUUACACUUUAGUUUUUCUACCAUCAACCACUAUGUACUAACAAGUCCCUAAUCUGUAAAAUGAAAAAUGUUAAAUAUCCAGGGUGUGUUAUUUUGCUUUUAAAAUCUAGGCAAGGAUAAGCCAGCAUAGUCACAGAUUUAAAUAGGCCUUAAUUAAAGCUUCCUAGCCGGUUUCUAAAUAAAGGAUGCAAAUUUUGGCCCAACUCUUUAGCUUUCAGGGGACAGAGCAGCAACAAACAUACAGGAGUUCUACUUUAAGCCUGACCUGAGGAGCCUUGCUGCAGGAAACUGUCCAUCAAAACAGAUCCGCAAGCUAGGAGCCUAAGGCCCAGACAACCCUAUACUUGGUAUUGUUAGGCACCCAUGUUCCCCUGACAAAGAAUUCCUUGGAUCAGGGCAAACUGGCAAACUAUCUCCUACAGGCCAGUUCUGGCCUCUGGACUUUUUGUGAGACCCAUGAAUUAAGAAUCAUUUUUAAAGGUUUGUAAGAAAAAAAAAUAUACAACAGAAAUUGUACGUGGCCUCCCACCCAUACCCCAGCCUAUAAAGCAUAAAAUAUUUACUGUCUGGCGCUUUACAGAAAGUUUGCUGACCCCUGUGAGAACAAACAGUUCAAGAAAGGAUAUAGGCAGUAUAUCUGUAUGUAUAGGCAACUACCAUCUGUGGAUACUAAAAGAUAGGCAGGAGAAGUGACCAAACUUCAAUCUUAAAUAUUUGUUUAUACACCAGAAUUUCACUUUCUAUCUUUUCUUCUAAUUUCCAAGAUCAGUUUUCUAACAAGCCAGGAAACAUAGUCCAAAAAAAAGUGUUAUUUAGGAGGGAUCAUUAUGUUGUGUUGGAAGUGUCUGUAGCCACAAUAGAUUGUGCUCCAGAGAUGGUCUCACGCAGUUACUCUCUAUCCUUUACCAAAGAAGGGAGAACAGGCUAGUUCUCCAAAUGUUACAAGAAUAGGAUCAGAGGGCAAGCAUGGGAGGAGCUUAAUUCAGGAAAAGGAUGAAUAGUAAUUCAGGACUGGCCAGGAAGGCAGUAAACUCUGUAUACUUGUAGUAGAAAGCAAAAGAAAUCGGACCUGGAACUUGCUAAAAACCGUAACAGUAAGAGUAUUAUAAGUGAAAUCUUGCUAGAAACCCUCCUGUAGUAAAUGCUUACGUGUUUCUUAGCCAUCUUGUGUGUUUGUCUUUUUUAAACCUUCAGAGCACAUUCUCAAAGAUUUUACAACCCAUUUAGGGACAUCAGACAGUAAAAGUACAAACACUUGGACUUGUAUCAGUGAUUUUUGCACAUUUUCACCUCUAAACUGCUGGUUUUAGGCAGUGCUUCCCAACCUAAGUGCAAUCUGGAGUGGCUGCCCACAGCUGGAGGCUGGGAACGUGGGGGUUCUGUGGGGCCAUCCCAAGGGCUUCAGCGAUCACCAUUCUCCACCCAUUGGCCACACCUGUGCACGAGGGUUGACAAGCUUUGGCUUAAGGACUAUUUACGUUUUAAACUCAGGCCUACAUAGAAUAGUUUUUGUUACAAGAAGCAUGCAUCACUUAACAAGAAACUAAAAAAGGCAAAUGUGUUUUCCAAGCUUUUUAAAAAAAAAAAAAAAACCAGCUUUAGAAUUGUAUGCAGUAAUGUGCAAUGCAGCAAAAUUACCUAUAUUAUUUAUUUCAGUGUUUUUUUUUUCUGAUACUGACUUUCCCUUUCAAUAAUGAAUGAUGUGACCAACCCAGGAGAGAUCUUUGUUGGUCUGUUACUAAAAUUACAUUUUACCAUUAGCAAUUAUAAAAACUAAGGGACAUAUUUAACUGUGUUUUUUUUUUUUUUUUUAAAGCAAUGUUUUUCAGUCAAAGUAAGGAUGGACAUAUUGGAGGAUUGUCAUGGUGUCACAUAACUUUCUGUAUUUUGGCAACCUCAUGUUGCCACGCUUGCACAUGAUGGGUGUUGAGAAUCAGUAAAGAGAAAGUUUAUCCGAUCACCCAGAAACUCUAUGUGAGCUUGCUGUCUUGUGAUUUAAAUGCAUUUUUCUCAGAUGUUUGAAUCUUAUUACCUGUUACAGUGGUUAGUUGAACUUGAAUCUAAAUUCAGUAAAAUAAAUUGUCGGAGUCUGACUCCA